GACCUUACCCUUCUUUGUACCUCUGCGUAUUUCAGGCUAUCCUCCCCUUUCACGUCCAAACCACGACCAUGAGUGAUAACGCAGAGUACAAAGAAGCAUUCGCCCUCUUUGACAAGAAAGGAACAGGUGCUGUCCCUCGAGAAGUCCUAGGCGAUCUCUUGCGUGCUCUUGGACAGAACCCGACUCAGGCGGAAGUGGCGGAGAUCAUUGCUGGUGCACCUCGCGAUGUCGACUACAAGUCAUUCCUUACGAUCCUUAACCGACCCGAUGGUUUCAAGCCUGCUGGUACUCCCGAGGAAUUUAUUCGCGGGUUUCAAGUCUUCGACAAGGAGGGCAAUGGUUUCAUCGGUGCAGGAGAGCUUCGAUAUGUCCUCACCCAACUAGGAGAGAAGAUGUCAGACGAGGAGGUUGAUGAACUGCUCAAGGGUGUUCAGAUUGGCGCAGACGGCAAUGUCAACUAUGAAUCCUUCGUUCGUACGAUCCUCAGCCAGUAAGAAACCACGUUCGUCUGAUGCGAUGGUUUCGUACUUGUUGGAUCGCUGUUUGGUCUUUCCUGUUAUGCUUGAAACUAUGAUUAUGACGCGAUCAGCGACAAUGUAACGAUACCAGUUUUUUUCCUUUAUUUUCUCAAUCGGACUGUUUGAAAAUGAAUUAAGGAAAGGCGAGAUACGA